UGGGGUUUUUGUGAUGCCCGCUGUUUUUGAGAGAGAAAUAGGAUGUAAGAUGAGAAGAUUCUAGGUCUUAGAAAGUUGGGGAAGUGUAAAGGUUAGUGGGUAUAUUUUAUUUCUUCGUUUUUUUGUUCUUGAAAUGACAUCGUUAUAAGCAGCAGCAUGACGACGUCGUUUGCUUAAUGGGAGGAGGUUUGGCGAGGAGCUUCAAAAAGCAAGACAGGCGUGAAAUGUUCUAUGAAAGGACGGAAGCGCCCUCUAAUUUCAAUUUGUUGCACUGUUCAAUGUACUGUUCGCCGUUUUUCUCCUUUACUAUAUACUAUGGAUUACAAUAUUUUGAUGUUUAUUUUUCAAUGUUUUAUUUCUUAUACUAUUAAAAAAAUAAUUUAUUUAAAAAAAUAAUUUUCUUAAAAAGCACACCCUCGUAAAUUUAAUCUUGUAAAAAUUGGGGCAGAAAGUUAAAUUUGAGGUGCUUUGAUUCUCACUAGAAAGUUCAGGGGCCAAAUUGAUACUUAAGCUGAUAAUUUAGCGUUCUCAUAUAAACAAGCGACCUGAUACAAGUAUACCAACGGCUACGAUCUCGCGACGGCACAAUCUUCACUGUGUUCGUCACCAUGUCUCCUGCACCAGCGACGGCAAGCAAUUGAGCGGUCUUUCCGUUAGAAUUGAAUGAGGCAGUGGUGAUAAAUUUAGUUUCAUUGCAGAUACAAAGUUGAAAGUUUAACAUGGCUCAGAUUCCAAACUUGGAUAACUCUCCCUUAAAUCUCAGAUCACUCAGGGAACAAUCUCAGAAAGAGCUUGUAAACAUCCUAAGGAAUAUUCGAGGAAAUAAGUGCUUGGUGAUUGAUCCGAAGCUUAGCGGCUCUCUUUCAUUGAUCAUCCAGACAUCAAUUCUUAGGGAACAUGGUGCUGAACUGCGGCAUCUUUCAGCAGACCCAAUUCAGACUGAUUGCACCAAAGUGGUCUACCUUGUUCGUUCCCGAUUUAAUUUAAUGAGAUUCAUAUGCUCGCAUGUUCACAAUGAUACAUCUAAAGGACUUGAGAGGGAGUAUUAUAUUUAUUUUGUACCUCGCCGUGAGGUUGUUUGCGAGAAGGUCCUUGAGGAGGAGAAAAUUCAUCACUUGAUGACCAUAGGGGAAUACCCAUUAUACAUGGUUCCGUUGGAUGAGGAUGUUUUAUCAUUUGAACUUGACGUCACCAGCAAAAAAUACCAAGUUGAUGGUGAUACUAGCUCUCUUUGGCAUAUCGCAAAGGCCAUUCAUAGGCUUGAGUCUUCUUUUGGAGUGAUUCCACAUGUGAGGGCCAAAGGCAAAGCAUCAGUACGUGUUGCUGACAUUCUCAAUCACAUGCAGACUGAAGAACCAAUCAACUCCUCUGAUAUGGGUGUUCCAGAGAUAAAUACGCUCAUCCUUCUGGACAGGGAGGUGGACAUGGUCACUCCCAUGUGUUCUCAACUAACAUAUGAAGGACUGCUGGAUGAGUUUUUGCAUAUCAAUAAUGGUGCUGUGGAGCUUGAUGCAUCUGUAAUGGGUGCUCAACAACAAGAGGGAAAGAAGAUGAAAGUUCCACUUAAUUCAAGUGACAAGCUGUUCAAGGAGAUUCGGGAUCUCAACUUUGAAGUCGUUGUCCAGGUCCUACGACAAAAAGCAACAUCUAUGAAGCAGGACUACACGGAGAUGACAACUACUAACCAGACAGUGUCUGAGUUGAAGGAUUUUGUAAAAAAGCUCAAUUCAUUGCCAGAAAUGACUAGGCAUAUAAAUCUUGCUCAGCAUCUGUCAACAUUCACAUCCAAGCCAUCUUUUCUUGCGCGACUUGACAUGGAGCAUACUAUUGUCGAGGCAGAGAACUAUGAUGCAUGUUUUGAGCAUAUUGAAGAACUGAUCCAUAAGCAGGAACCUCUUGUCACUGUUCUACGUAUGCUCAUCUUACUAUCUGUUACAAACUCAGGGUUGCCCAGAAAGAAUUUUGACUAUAUAAGGAGGGAGCUACUCCACAGCUAUGGAUUUGAACAUAUGGCUACUUUGAACAAUUUAGAAAAGGCCGGAUUGCUUAAAAAACAGGAAUCAAGAAGCAACUGGGUGACUAUCAAGCGUGCUCUGCAACUUGUGGUUGAAGAUACUGACACUGCCAACCCAAAUGACAUUGCUUAUGUCUUUUCUGGAUAUGCACCGCUAAGUAUUCGUCUUGUCCAGCAUGCUGUUCGAUCAGGAUGGCGUCCCAUGGAAGAAAUUUUGAAGCUGUUGCCUGGGCCACACUCAGAAACCAAGAGAGCUGGGUUCACAAGCAGUCCAUCUUCUAACACAUUGAAUGGAGCUGGAGCAACUGUGGACAGAGUAGCUGAUGGUAGGCGCUCCCUAGUACUUGUUGUAUUCAUUGGAGGGGUUACAUUUGCAGAAAUUUCUGCUCUCCGCUUCCUUAGUGCACAGGAAGGGAUGGCAUAUGACUUGAUUAUUGGAACAACAGAGCUUGUCAAUGGAAAUACCUUGGCUGAGACAUACUUGGAGCAUUUGGGUUGAUAUAUGUAAACUGAUAAUCAUUUUAUUUUUCUUUUUGUUAGUGGUUUUAUUGUUGGCUUACAAAGUUAAUUCAAGUUUGUUUGUCCACUAAGAAUGAUAUGGUUGAGUUACUUCCUAUUUAUUUAAUCUAUUUGGUUUUUUAUUCA